UCAGACCGAUGUCCACUUGGUCUUUUCCAACGCCGGUGUAGUAGUUCAAGUUACAGGAUCACUAGCGUUCAACCUCUGGUGUAGACAUAGACAUGGCCCUUCGAUUAUUAUCAUCGGCAAGAUGCUUAUUAAGAUCUACGACAUUUACCCAGUGUGCUAGGAUUUCGACUUCACAACUUUUACAGGCGACCGAACGAGCCGCACCUGCAGUUGACACCAUUCCAACAGAAGAAGAGCAAGCAACUGGAUUGGAAAGACGUGAAUUUGAAGCAAUGGUUGCUGGAAACAUGGACCCCUUCAACCUCAAUGUCAAAAAAGGACCUCCUGGUACAAGGGAGCUUCCAACUGUUGUUCCUUCAUCAUUUGAUCAAAGAAUUGUUGGCUGUAUAUGCGAAGAAGAUGCUACAUCAAUAAAUUGGAUGAUCCUCAAAAAGGGUCCUGCACAGCGCUGUGAAUGUGGAAAUUUCUUUCAGCUGACUGCAGGAACAUCUUAUGAUCUCCCAGCUGAACAUUGAAUUGUAUAGGAGAGUCUUCAAAUUUCUUUUAUGUCAUAGUUUUGUGAGGAAAUUGAGAUCAUUGUCAAUGAUGUCAGACGUACGCACAUGCAAAUGUAUGACUGGUAAUUGCUUGAAAAUAUUCCGUCCAUGCUUGUUAGUCAAUUGUUAUAUUGUUUUAUUACUGAUUAGUCUUUUACUGAUGAUGUUGCCUACAAACCUCA